AUGACUGCCUUCAUCUCCAAGGACGAGCUGCGUGCGCGCUUCUGCACCGCCCUCAGCGUCAUGUACCGCACCGAGGUGCCGCUGUAUGGCGACCUGAUCGAGCUGGUUGACGAUGUCAAUGCCACUUUUCCUGGUACCCCAGAGGACCGCCUCAAGGUCGAGCGCCACGGCGCGAUCCGCCUGGGCAAGCCCGACGAGCUGCAGAUGAUCGCCCGCCUCUUCAACCAGAUGGGCAUGGAGCCUGUUGGGUACUACGACCUCGCUCCCUCGGGCGUGCCGGUGCACUCGACUGCUUUCCGCCCUACGACUGAGGAAGCGCUCGCCAUCAACCCCUUCCGCGUGUUCACGUCGCUUCUCCUGCCCGAGCUGCUUCCCCCCUCCCUCCGUGCCGAGGUUGAGGCUACCCUGGCCAAGCGGGACAUCUUCCACAUCCGCGUGCGCGAAAUUGUUGCCCAGGCCGAGGUCGAGGGCGGUGUGCAUAUGGAGGAGGCGGACGAGCUCGUCGCCCGCGCCCUCGAGACGUUCAAGUGGCACGACGCUGCCGCCGUCCCCCGCGACGUGUACGACCGGAUGCACGCUGCGCACCCCCUUGUGGCCGACAUUGCCGCCUUCAAGGGUCCUCACAUCAACCACCUCACUCCUCGUGUUCUCGACAUUGACGCGGCGCAGGCUGGCAUGAGUGCGCGCGGCAUCACUCCCAAGCAGAUCAUCGAGGGCCCGCCUAAGCGCAAGUGCGAGAUCCUCCUCCGCCAGACCUCGUUCCAGGCCCUCACCGAGCCUAUCAAGUUUGCUGGUGGUGAGCGCGCCGGCUCGCACCGUGCGCGUUUCGGCGAGAUCGAGCAGCGUGGUUGUGCCCUCACCAAGAAGGGCCACAACCUCUACCUUCAGCUUCUCGCUACUGUUCCCCCCUCGAUCAACAACGAGGAACACCAGGCUGCCCUCGCUGCGGCGUUCCAGUCCUUCCCGGACACCUACGAGGAGAUGUUCGCCCAGGGUCUCGGAUACUUUGAGUUCUCGCUCGCUGGCGCCGUCCCAACUUCCACGAAGAGCCUCGAGGACCUCGUCAAGGCCGGCGUAGUCAAGCUCUCGCCCGUCACGUAUGAGGACUUCCUCCCGGCCUCGGCUGCCGGCAUCUUCCAGUCCAACCUCGACGAGCACAACCGCUCGCGCGGAGGAUCGCCUUCCGCCCCGGGGUGGACCAGGGAAAAGUUCGCCGCCCUCCUCCCCGUCGACAUGCGCGACAGCUUUGAGCUUCACGAGGGUAUCCAGAAGCGCAGCCUCGAGGCCCUCGAGGCCAAGCUCGGUUUCUCUCUCGAGUAG